UGGGAGAGAAAGGCACUUCCCUCGCACUUCCUUCUAUAUAUAGCCAACGGAGGAGACUCGAACUUCUCAGUUCUCACUCCCCUCGGACCUCUCUCUCUCUCUCUGUUAGCGAGCGAGCGAGCUUCCAGGAUUCCCUCUCUUUCCCUCUUUAGUUUUUAUCUGUGAAGGAGGAGACGAGGAGGAGCUAGAUACUGUGAGCGAUAAAGAAAAACUUUUGUUUUCCUCGAUCUGUUUGUUUCUCCGAAUAUUCUUGUUAGGUAACGAAGAGCAAGACAAAGAAAAUGGCUUCGGAGCAGAAAAAUGUGGGAAUUCUCGCCAUGGAAAUCUACUUCCCUCCCACUUGCAUCCAGCAGGAAGCAUUGGAGGUUCAUGAUGGAGCAAGCAAAGGGAAGUAUACCAUUGGACUAGGGCAAGAUUGCAUGGCCUUUUGUACAGAGGUUGAAGAUGUCAUCUCUAUGAGUUUGACAGCCGUUACUUCACUUCUUGAGAAGUAUGGAAUUGAUCCAAAACAAAUUGGCCGGCUUGAAGUGGGCAGUGAGACGGUUAUAGACAAGAGCAAAUCCAUUAAGACGUUCCUCAUGCAAAUUUUUGAGGAAUGUGGAAAUACUGAUAUUGAAGGUGUUGACUCAACCAAUGCAUGCUAUGGAGGAACUGCAGCGUUGCUCAAUUGUGUCAACUGGGUGGAGAGUAGUUCAUGGGAUGGACGCUAUGGGCUUGUUGUGUGCACAGACAGUGCGGUCUAUGCUGAAGGACCUGCUCGACCAACUGGAGGAGCUGCAGCUAUUGCUAUACUAAUAGGGCCUGAUGCUCCCAUUGCAUUUGAGAGCAAAUUCAGGGGGAGUCACAUGUCUCAUGUUUAUGAUUUUUACAAGCCCAACCUUGCAAGUGAAUAUCCGGUUGUUGAUGGAAAGCUUUCACAAACUUGCUAUCUCAUGGCACUGGAUUCGUGCUACAAACGUUACUGUCACAAAUAUGAGAAAUUCGAGGGCAAACAAUUUUCAAUUGCAGAUGCUGAAUACUUCGUCUUUCAUUCUCCAUAUAACAAGCUUGUACAGAAGAGCUUUGCCAGAUUGUGUUUCAACGAUUUCAUGAGGAAUGCCAGUUCUAUUGAUGAGGCCGCCAAGGAAAAACUGGGACCGUUUUCAUCAUUAACUGGUGAUGAAAGCUACCAAAGCCGUGAUCUUGAAAAGGCAUCCCAGCAAGUUGCAAAGCCCUUUUAUGAUGCAAAGGUGCAACCAACCACUUUGGUACCGAAGCAAGUUGGGAACAUGUAUACUGCGUCUCUCUAUGCAGCAUUUGCAUCCCUCAUUCACAACAAACACAGCACACUGGCUGGCCAGCGGGUGAUAAUGUUCUCUUAUGGGAGUGGGUUAUCUGCCACAAUGUUUUCAUUCCGUCUUCGUGAUGGUCAACAUCCUUUUAGCUUGUCAAACAUUGCCAGUGUGAUGAAUAUUGGAGAAAAGUUGAAAUCGAGGCAUGAGUUCCCUCCAGAAAAAUUUGUUGAAACAAUGCAGCUGAUGGAGCACAGGUAUGGUGCCAAGGACUUUGUGACAAGCAAGGACUGUAGCCUGCUAUCUCCUGGCACCUACUAUCUCACUGAAGUGGACUCCAUGUACAGAAGAUUCUAUGCCAAGAAGGCUGGGAACAAUGCUCCUAGCACCAUUUGUGACAAUGGAUCGUUGGCCAAUGGUCACUGACUCUAGACUAAACGCAACGCAAGGGCGAGUGGUUGGCUGUAGUGUUCUUUAAAAUAUCAGCACAUUGAAGAAUAACCAUGCUUUCAUUAGAUUGUUCUAUGUAGUGUGUAAUUCGUUGGCAGAAACUAUUAAAUCUGUUAUUUUUUUUCCCAGUGGAAAUCCUCCUUCUGUGCUCUCUUACUUGAACAAAGAUCUUUGGUUGAUGGCUGUGAGUUGUAACAUUAUCAUCGUAUGCUAGAUUUCAAAUGAAAUUCACUGCGCAAAUCUGUCAACUACCUGCUCGUGUAUAUCGUCACCAUGGCUCCCAAAACUCCGAAAAUGAAGGUGUUGGUACAGUUUUGAUUAGAAUGUUUUAGGGGUGCAACAUUGACAUAUUGCGAGUAUUUGCUUAUUGUGUAUACCUUAUCAAUCAAAUAAAUUUUUGUCAUAUUAAUUUUUGAGGUUGGAUUAUAAUUUUUUUUUGGGAGGCUUUUAGAAUUGAUCACGAAGAUGUGUAAACUUGAAGCGUGAGAUGUAUGCUUGAAUUGAAAAGCUUAAAUCUUCAGAAAAGUGUGUAGAUGAAUAGUGUAGAAGAAAUUGAUUUAAGGUUGAG